AUGGCGUCUAAUAUCCUCCAGGUCCCGUUUCGGCGGUCGCACUCCGUCUCGCUGUCGAAUGCCAUCACGCAAUACAUCUCCUCCAAAUAUGACCAACGCCCGGACAUGUUCGCCGAGGAUCUGUUGAUCAUCGAGCGACUGCGAAACGAAGCGAUCAAUGUCCAGGAGCCUCAUGUGAGCGGAGUCAGUCGGCUGGUCACCUAUGCGGCGCAGCUGAAAUGGCUGGGUGGGAAAUUCCCGGUGGAUGUUGGGGUGGAGUUUCCCUGGUAUCCUGCGUUUGGAUUCAACACGUCUCGACCGAUUUCGCAGAAUAAUAUCCGGUUCGAGCUCGCGAACGUCAUCUUUAACCUGGCCGCGCUGUACUCGCAGCUGGCGUUCUCCGUGAACCGCACGACAUCGGACGGCCUCAAGCAGGCAUGCAAUUACUUCUGCCAGGCGGCUGGGGUUCUAACUCACCUGCGAUCGGAUAUCCUUCCCGAUUUGCGGACGUCGCCUCCUGAGGAUAUGGAUGAUAUGACGCUGCAGAGUUUGGAGCAGCUGCUUUUGGCGCAGGCUCAGGAAUGUUUCUGGCAGAAGGCUGUCAAGGACGGGCUGAAGGACGCGUCGAUUGCUCGGUUGGCGGCCAAGGUCUCGGACUUUUAUGCAGAGGCCGGAGAUCAUGCAGUCAAGUCGAAUGCUAUUAGUCCUGAGUGGAUUCAUCACAUGACGGCUAAGCAUCAUCACUUCGCUGCUGCUGCGCAGUAUCGGCAGUCUCUAGAUUGCUUGGAAAAGCGCAAAUACGGCGAGGAGGUCGCUCGUCUGAGGGACAGCGAGGCGUGCGUCAAUGAAGCGUUGAAGGAGUCGCGCUGGAUUAACCGGACUGUGCUGGGUGAUCUCCAAGGGCUGAAGACAAGGGUGACUGAGGACUUGAAGCGUGCUGAGAAGGAUAAUGAUAUCAUUUACCUCAAUCCUGUGCCGCCCAAGUCGGAGCUCAAGCUGAUUGACCGGGCAUCUAUGGUUGCUGCGAAGGCGCCGUCCCAGGUGACCGAUGCUAUUUCCAUGCUGGGCGAGAACGGGCCUCUGGGGCAGCCGCUGUUCUCUAAGCUGGUGCCAUAUGCUGUGCACAUUGCCGCUAGCAUCUACUCGGACCGUCGGGAUCGACUCAUCAAUGAGAACAUUAUUGGGGAACUGGAGAAUAUGACGGAUAAGCUCAGGGAUCUAUUGUCGUCUUUGAAUCUUCCAGGCUCGCUGCAGGCUCUGGAGAAGCCGCUUGGACUUCCGCCGACGCUUGUAUCGCACGCAGAGGAGAUGCGCCAACAGGACGGACUGAACCGGCUGCGGAAGUCGCUUGAGGACACAGCGAAGGUCAAGGCCAACGACAGGGCUGUAUACAACGAGGGCGUGGAGCUUCUGGCCGCUGAAAAAGCCGAGGACGAUGCUUCGCGCCGGAAAUACGGAACCGAUCGCUGGUCUCGGGCUUCGUCAGAGGAGGCUGCGCCAAAGUUGUACACGACGUCGCGCGAAAUCGAGGGAUACUUUACGUCGGCCCAGAGCAGUGAUAACCUGGUUGAGCAGAAGCUGAAAGACUCCGCAGCAGUGUUCCGGGUGUUGACAGGCACGAACCGUGAUCUGGAGAUGUACGUCCCUAGUAGCCGGUGGGCUGCUCUGCCGCCAGAGGUCGAGCGCGAGGUCAGCCGACUGCGGGGAUGUAUGAGCGAGGUGAGCCGUCUGGAAAGCCGGCGGAAACGGCAAGCACAGGCACUGAAGGACAAGGCGCGGGCAGACGAUAUCAGCCAAGCACUCAUUAAAGAGACGGCACGGUUGGAGCGCGAGUUCCCCAUGCAGGCGAUCCAAGCCAGCCAGUUCGAGGAUCUCUUCGAGGAGCAGCUGCAUUUGUAUGACACAGACCUGGACAUGGUCACUCGGGAGCAGCAAGACCAAGACGAGAUCGCGACACGGGUGCAGGAAGCCAACCGGGCGUUUACACGGGCACAUACCGGCGACGCAUCGACCAAGGAGCGCGAGCGGGCAUUGCAGGAGCUGGAGAACGGGUAUCUGAAGUACAAGGAGAUCCUGUCGAACAUCGAAGUGGGACGGAAAUUCUACAACGAUCUGGCCAAGAUCGUUGGCCGGUUCCGCGACGACAGCAAGGCGUUUGUGCAUAAGCGGCGAAUGGAAGCCAGCCAGCUAGAGGGGGACAUUUCGAGUGCUGCCGCCAUGGCGUCGCUGAAUAUCUCGCGACAGCCACAGCUGCAACCGCAGCCGCAGCCUCAGCCGCAGCCAUCUUAUAAUGCUCCUCCGGCGCAGAUUCAGCAGCCAGCGUACAAUGCAGCACCGCAGGCAGCACCCAGACCAGAGCCCAUGACGGCACCGCAGCCUACACGGGCGAAUGCGCGGCCACCGAUGACGCCGGGGAUCUGGUCACCGGAGAUGGGAAUACGAUUCGGGGGGCAGUGGGAUCCGAGCAAGGGAGUGAAGUUUUCAUAA